GCAUGCGCGCAACUCGCACAUGCGCACCCGAAACGUCACGUCUAUUUCAGUAAAGCUUACGUACUGCGCCUCACAGAUCGCUUCCAACGUUUACACACCCAACAAAACAAUAUAAAAAUCACAAUUUCUCAACCAAAACUAACGCGCGACCAAACAUAACUCGGUUCGGGAUAUUCGUUAAACCAAAACAAGUGAAACGCGUAACAAAAUUUUGCGUUCGAGACGAAAUGCGGCAAUGCGGCAAACAAUCGAUGCAACCAGUAUUCCCUGAUGCCAAAUCCUCGAAUAUUUAGUGUCAAAUUUAAAAAUGGAGCCUUUAAUAGAUAGGAAUAACUUCGCCAUCAGCGCGAUGGUGACGGUAGCUAUGCAGAUCCUGUUCUUCACUAUAGCAUCUCUGUUCCAAAGUGAUAAAGUGACUGACUUCACUGGCGGCGCCAACUUCAUCAUCAUCGCUCUCCUCACCUUCUUCCUCGGCCAAGGAGGCAGCCACCUGAAGAGCUACGACAGCAGGCAACUCAUGGUGACAGCUUUCGUCUGUGUCUGGGGCUUGCGAUUGUCCGGGUACCUAAUUUACAGAAUCUACCACAUAGGCAGAGAUAAGCAGUUUGAAGAUCGCAAAAGCAAUACAUUGAGAUUCGCUGUUUUCUAUACGUUUCAAGCCAUAUGGGUGUAUGUAGUCAGUUUGCCCGUCAUUAUAAUCAACUCCCCGCACCACUCGUUCCCUAAGUCACCCAAAACGAUGACUACUUUAGAUUCCGCUGGCGCAGGAGUUUUUGUCAUUGGCUUACUAAUAGAAACAUACGCGGACCUCCAGAAGUUCGCAUUCAGACAGGAACCAGCAAAUCAAGGCAAAUGGUGCAAUGACGGGCUCUGGGGAUUGUCUAGACACCCGAAUUACUUCGGCGAAGUCGUACUUUGGUGGGGGAUUUUUAUACUAUCUUUAAACGUUAUCGAAGGCGUCGAAUGGGUAGCAAUAAUGUCGCCUUUAUUUACGACGGCUAUCAUAUUGUUCUUAUCUGGCAUACCUUUGCUGGAACGAUCGGCGGACGAAAAAUACAGAGAUAACCCAGAUUAUCUUUAUUAUAAGGCGUCCACGUCACCUUUGAUUCCGAUUCCGCCGGCAAUAUACGUGGAGGUGCCGAGGUUUUUGAAGUGCGUGAUGUGCUGCGAGUUCCCCAUUUACGACUCCACUGGGGAGGACUUCCCGGCGCCCACCAUCGUCACUGAGACGACAAGCGUGUCGAUGGUGCAGUCCCAGACAUAGCUAACAGGCGCCGCGCGCGACAACUGCGCGGCUAAGAUCGAAACGACAGCCCAUAAGAACCCACCAGCCAACAAACAAUUGUGAUACACAGCCGAGGAAAGACCUCUAAAGAAAUUGCCAAACUCCUUGCCACUUAAACAAAGCAACACUGUAGAUAUGAACCUUUACAACACGUAUAUGGAAAACCUAAGAAAGAGUAAAAGAGUAGCAUUGGAUCUAUUAGAGGAUACUAAAGAUAUUUACGAUGGCAUUUCAAUUGAAAGCCCAUCGGAACCUGUUAGAAAAAGUAGUCAUAGUAAUGUAGACGUAGAAGCAGGCCCGAGUACUAGUAAGGAUAAAACGAAGCGGCCUACAGAAUUUGUUAAGUAUGGGAAGAUAACUUUUAAUACUACUGCUAUUCUGCAUCACUAUCCACAGAUCUCUAAGAACUGCAGUGAGACAAGCAAAUCUUCUGCAGCUCCUAAGAAAUCUGAUUUGAAUCUUCCUAAAGAAUCUCAGACUGACAAUAACAAUGAGGAUAAUGAUGAUGAAAUUAAACCUGUCGUUACUGAUAAGAAAGACAAAGAUAACUUUAACAACAAUGAAACAGUGGUUAAGUCUAACUGUGUGGUUAAAGCGGACAAUACGAUUGAGGUGUUGAAGAAGCCAGUGAAGUUUACUGAGGAAAAGCUUGUAUGAGGUUGGGAGAUACGAUUUUUUUCAAUGCACUUUCUUAUACGAAGACUUUGGCAUCAAACCAGAUGGCGUGCCAGAGGGAAAAGAAACAUAUCGCAAAUUGAAAUGUUGUAAAUAGGACAAAAGACUGGAGAAGUUAGAUAAUGAUGAAGAAAUGUAUCAAAAUACAAGAGAUUUUAAUGUAAAAUUCGAGCUAUCGUUUUGUUCUUAUGAAUAAGCAAAGUUGUUGUAGAUAAAUGUUCUAAAGUAUUACGCGUUUUUUCCAAAUAACUAGUAAACAUAGUCUCAAAAUCCGUCUCAAAUAGAAUAAAUUUGUGUCUUAAAUUAGAUAGUUAUAAAAGUUACAUUUAGAAGACUAUUCGCUGCAUCAUA